CACUAAGGAAAAAUGAAUGAAUUAAUAAAAUAAAUGAACGUUUUUAAUAUUAUAGAAAAAAGCUGAAAAUGUCCGAGUCACCAAUUAAGGAAUUUUACAAAAACAAGACAAUAUUUGUUACUGGGGGAACAGGAUUUAUUGGCAAAGUUUUGAUUGAAAAGUUACUCAGGAGUACAGAGGUCUCCCAAAUAUAUGUUCUUACCAGGCCCAAAAAAGGGGAAACUCCCCAACAGCGAAUAAAGAAACUUGUUGAAAGUGGCCUGUUUGACACAUUAAGGGAAAUUUCUCCAAAUUCCUUGGAACGUGUUCAUGCCAUCCAAGGAGAUGUAGAGGAAGUUGGUCUUGGGAUACAGGAUACAGACCUAGAUAUAUUGUAUCAUGAGGUUGACAUUGUAAUUCAUUCAGCUGCUACUGUACGUUUUGAUGAGAAUUUAAGCAAGGCACUUCGAAUUAAUGUGAAUGGAGUUUCUGAAAUUCUCACUAUUUGUAAACAAAUGAAGAAACUGGAGGCUAUGGUGCAUGUAUCAACUGCUUAUGUUCACUGUGAAAAUAAGUUCAUAGAUGAAUCUUUGAAGAUGCUACCUACAUCCCCAAGAAAGACAAUAGAAUCUUUGUCCCUGCUUGGGUCUGAUGUGACAGAUGACCCUGUGUUUACUAAAUCUAUUAUCGGAGCUAGACCCAAUACAUAUACAUAUACUAAGGUAUUAAAAUCAUUUAUAGGGUUCGUUUUAUAAAUUUCAUACUUUAUG